AUGCCCGUCGACGCAAAAGCUUCACUAGAAAGCGAGCCAAUCUGGUGUUCUCUCAGUCCGACAUGCGCUCCUCCUAAUGAGCCAAGAUGCUUUCACAGUCUUCAGGACCUGCAGGCUCACUACGCGUCGUGUCAUGCCUUUGUCUGUCCAGAGGAAGGCUGCUCCUGUCUGUUCAACUCGGAGCAUUUUCUGCGUCUACACAGAACGGAGAUGCAUGACACCGGUGCAAUGCGACGUAAAGGCGCCGGAGAAUCAAUAUAUCAAUGUUUACUCGAAGAUUGUGGCUUGAUCUUUGUCUCACCGGCACAGCGUAAAAAGCAUCUUCUCGGAGAGCAUGGGUUCGAACAACGAUUCUUCUUUUCAGUGAUCAAGUAUGGUAUCGGCGAACACCUUCGCGCAUGGGCUACACAAAGCUCGGACUCUCAACCAACGGAGCGACUUCAACCUCGCGCAUCCAAGCCUAACAAGACGUCUCCCACGCAACAACGAAGCGAGAACAGACGUCAGAUUCACGGGAAUACUGUCUCAAAUCCCGGCACCGUUAACGGAUCAACCAGCCGCUCUCGCGCUCCUCAAUACGCAUCAUCCAUGACCAGUCUCACCAGCUCCAUGUCCAAAGUAUUAAUCCACGCCCGUGAUAUAAGCGCUCCUGGCACAACGUCCAUGGGUCGUCUCCAGCGUCGUGUCUUUACACAGAACCGCAAUGCAUCGGCACCAGAUAUGCAUGUACCCGUCUCCGACAUUGACACAAACUCUACGACUGAAGAGGAUGACGACCUGGAGACAGAAGAGGCAGGCGAGUCGAGUCCUGAACGAGCUGGCGUGCGAUUUGCAGAAGAGGUGGCAAUUCGAUUCCUCAGCCCCGUGGGUCGUCGAUAUGAUCGUCUUUCACGCUCGCGCGGUGGUAAUGGCAAUGGUACGGGGAACGGGGUAAGACGGGGAGGUCAGGCAAACCGUGGCAGUGGGGGUGGAGGAAUCGGUCAUCAUUCGAAACGCACGGGUCGCACCGGCGGAGUGCAUAGCGAUAGUGAGACGAGUGGGCGUCGUGUUUUCAGUGAACAUCGUCAGCCUGGAUAUAGAGGUCGCACCCGAACGCGAAACCGGCCCGCGCCGGAUCGAACACAGCAACAGCAGCACUCAUAG